AUGCUGCCGUACGGCUCGGGCACCCAAGAACUCAAGCAUAUUCGCAUUGCGCGGUCGUCGAGCGCGUCCGAGGUCUCGUGGAAGCACGUGGCCGUCGGCGCGACCGUCGCCGUCGCCACGCUCGGAUACGCGGCCACGAUGCACUCGAUGGUCAGCAACCAAGCGGCGGCGUUGGACGCACUCCACGCGCAGAUGCUGGCCAUGGGCAGCGUCAAGCCGCUCAAGCACGCCGCGCCGGCCAUCGACGCGCUGCCGCACAAGUACGCAGUGGAAAACGUCACGCCCCGCAAGACGCAGGACCUCCGCGGCACGUGCUGGGACUUUGCGACCAUCUCCGUGCUCGAGUACUCGUACCGUCAGCAAGGCAUCGCGCGCGGGUGGCUCGCGCCCGACGAGUAUGUCUCGCUCUCGGAACAAGCGUACGGCGCCGACCUGCUCCAGCUGUGCACGACCAAGGACAAGACCAAGUGCUACUUGACGGCGACGCAAAACACGACCGAGGGCGGCUUCAUUGAAGAGUUUGCGCUCGUCAGCAACGACGUCGCGAUCUUCCCGGACGCGAUUUGCCCGUACACGCCGUGGCCGGGCAACGACACAGUCUGCCCGGGCUUGACCGACGCGGCCCGCGCGUCGAACCCGCUCAAGGCGACCGUCAACAGCCUCAAAGAGUACUUUGACGUCCAGGACAUCAAGGCGGCCUUGUUCCGUGAGAAGCGCGCGCUUGGCUUUAGCACGACGAUGGCAGAGAUCACGCGCUACAUCCCGUGCGUCGGCGAUCUCACCAAGGACCCGCGCUGUGACGUGGCGUCGCCGCUGUGCACCUUGUGCCCGCCGGGGAUCCCAACCACGUGCUGCGUCACGACAAAGGGCGGCGAAGACUACAACAUGGACGGCGAGUUCACGUCGCAUUACGGCAUGGAGGCCGAGGGCGGCCACGCCAUGACGAUUGUUGGCUACAACGACGAGUAUACGACCAAGGACGGCUACACGGGCGGCUACAUCCUCAAGAACUCGUGGUGGGACGGUGUCGACCCGCCGCUUGGCCCGGUUCACGCCCGUGGCAGCCACAGCAUCCGCUAUUUCAUGCAGGAAAUCUCCGAGUUUGAAGAGCGCUUCAACUGCCCCAACAGCCGCCAACCCGGCAACUGGUACCAGUGCCAAGGCCGCGUCGGCGUCAUUCACGCCGAUGCAGGUGUCAUCCGCGCACCCAUCAAUGCGUCGCUUGUCGCCACGGCGGUCGGCGACGGCUUCCAGACGUUCUGCUUCUUCGAGUACCUUGGCGACAGCAACUCGAGCGACGUGUGCUUGCCGGCGAUGCUGCCGACGGACAUCGCGCACGCAUUUGCGCCGGUUGAAGCGGAGGCGUAUGCCAACAACCCGGACGUCUGCGGCUUUUACUUUUACCCGUACGCCAAGCAGCGCGCGGGUGCGGCCCUCGGCUGGGAAGUGAGCGCCGACGACCUCGACGUGACGUGGGCGCCGCAGUCAUACGCGGCCAACGCGCACAAGUUCCCUACCCUCGACUACACACUUGUGCGGCAGUCGACCAAGGUGCAGAAGGCGGCGCCGGUGCUGGGCCCGAUUCCCGUCUACGUCGCACGCGACGAACUCUAA